UUUAUCCUGAAAGCAAGCAACUCUUUCCAUUCCCAUCAGAAGAAGUGGUAGCAGCCAUGCCAGGUCCAGUCAUCGAAGAACUCGUAGCCCAGAAGAAACUUGAGAAUGAUGAGCCAAUAGUCGAGGACGUCAAAGAAGAAGACGACCACGAUGAUGACGUCGACGAUUCUGACGACGACGAUGACGAUGUCGCCCAAGGUGGUAAUUCUAAGCAAAGCAGAAGUGAGAAGAAGAGUCGGAAAGCCAUGUUGAAGCUUGGCAUGAAACCUGUUACAGGGGUUAGCAGGGUCACUAUUAAGAGGACCAAAAAUGUUCUAUUUUUCAUCUCAAAGCCAGAUGUCUUCAAGAGCCCAAAUUCUGAGACUUAUGUCAUAUUUGGAGAGGCUAAGAUAGAGGAUUUGAGCUCACAGUUGCAGACACAGGCAGCUCAGCAGUUUAGGAUGCCAGACAUGGGAUCUGUGAUGGCCAAGCCAGAUGUGUCUGCCUCUACUGCUGCUGAGGCAGAUGAGGAAGAAGAAGAGGUCGAUGAGACUGGUGUUGAACCACGGGACAUUGAUUUGGUCAUGACACAAGCAGGAGUGUCCAGGGGCAAGGCCGUCAAGGCUCUGAAGACCCAUCAUGGUGACAUAGUCAGUGCCAUUAUGGAGCUCACCACUUAAGUUUUUUUUUAGAUAUUCACCUUUCAAUUUGUGCUUUAUGAUGAAUUUUUGAAGAUAUCAUGCUCAUUCUAUUUUUGUUGCCCCUGUUUAUUGGUUAAACCUCGUUUUGAGUAGUAGUGCUAUUGUAGAACCUCAAUGACUAAUAUCAAGAAAUGAAGGGCGUUCUCUAUUA